UUAUUAUUACUAAUUUAUUAUUAUUUUACAGUCACAGAACAAAAUUAACAAUGAUUUGCCAAAGGCUUAAUGGCAACCAUGUCGGGGUUGAAGAUGAUAAACCACAGUCGAUUGCUGGCCGGCGUGGCGGCACGUUUGGACGCUGUUUGUAGUGCACCGUUGCCGAGGAAUCACUUAAUACAACACAGGAUGGCGUCAAAAGCAAUCACUUUAGAAAAUAUCAACCCUAAUAUCGUAAAGUUGGAAUACGCUGUGCGCGGACCGCUGGUCAUCCGCGCGGCGGAAAUCGAAAAGGAACUUGAAAAGGGCGCCCGGAAACCUUUCAAGAGGGUGAUAAAAGCCAACAUCGGGGAUGCGCACGCCAUGGGACAGAAACCCAUCACCUUCAUCAGACAGGUGUUGGCUUGCGUCUCUUUCCCGGAGCUAAUCGACUCGUACGACUUCCCCAGCGACGUGAAAAAGCGCGCCAGUGAAAUACUCGAAGGUUGCGGUGGCCAGUCAGUCGGCUCCUACACCGCAUCACACGGCAUCGAACUGAUCCGUCGACACGUCGCCGAAUACAUCGAGCGUCGCGACGGACAUCCCGCCAAAUGGGACGACAUUGUCCUUACGGGUGGCGCUUCUAAUGGAAUCAAGAAUGUGCUGCAACUGCUGUGUAACGACUUGGGAGGAAAACCUUCAGGUGUCCUCAUCCCCAUACCCCAGUACCCACUAUACUCGGCCUCUCUCGCCGAAUACGGACUCACCCAAGUAGGCUACUACUUAGACGAAGACAACGCCUGGGCGUUGGACGAAGCGGAGUUGGAAAGGUCCUUGAAAAGCGCGAAGGAUUGCAAUGUGCGGGCCAUUGCUGUUAUCAACCCGGGCAACCCUACAGGACAGGUGUUAACGCGAUCCAACAUCGAGACGAUCAUAAAAUUCGCCCACCGACACAACUUACUGCUUUUGGCCGACGAAGUAUACCAGGACAACGUGUAUGCCGAGGGAAGCAAGUUUUUCUCAUUCAAAAAGGUGUUGAGAGAACUAGGUGCCCCGUACACGAAUGAACUUGAAUUGGCUUCUUUCAUGUCUAUUAGCAAAGGUUACAUGGGCGAGUGCGGUCUCCGCGGCGGUUGGAUGGAGUUAGUCAACUUCGAUAAGGCAGUUCAGGCCAACCUGUACAAGUGCAUAUCAGCCAUGCUGUGCCCCACCGUACUCGGACAGUCUGCGGUGGAUUUAGUUGCCAAGCCUCCGAGCAAAGGCGACCCGUCGUACGACCUCUGGAUCCAGGAGAAGACGGCCGUUCUGGACUCACUGAACAAGCGAGCUAAAAUGAUCGCAGACACUUUCAACUCUAUGCAGGGAUUCAAGUGCAAUGUCGUUCAGGGUGCGAUGUACGCGUUCCCAAGUAUCGACCUGCCCCCGAAAGCUAUCGAGGCGGCCAAGGCUGCUGGAAAGGCACCCGACGUAUAUUACGCCUUCAAACUGUUGGAAGAGACUGGUAUCUGCAUCGUCCCCGGCUCGGGUUUCGGCCAACGUCCCGGCACCUUCCACUUCCGCACCACCAUUCUGCCACAGCCGGCCUUACUGCAAGAAAUGCUGGAUAUCUUCAAAAACUUCCACGAAAAGUUCGCUAAAGAACACGCUUAAACACGAUACG